AUGGAUGCCAAGUACGACGAUACCCCCAAACUCACCCUGUGGGAGAAAGUCGACCUCCCCUUCGCCCGUUUCGCAAUUCUUGCGUCGACACUGUAUGCGGCGCUAACAGGCGUCUUCCGAGACAAGAGUUAUCCCACCAAAUUCAGUCACCAUAUCAUUGCCGCGGCGGUGCGCAAGCUCGUUAAUCGGGUGAGCGAUCGGCAGAACCAAUACUUGGGCCGUCCAACGAGCGAUGUAUAUACCGCAUUCAUGGAAGGAAGCGGCCAGGCACCGGAGACGGUGAAGCUGGCCCAUGGGGCCGUGGGGCAUUGGGUUGGGAACAAGAAUGCGAAGAAUGUGUUGAUAUACUAUCACGGCGGCGGCUUCGUCUUACCUGCUAACCCAGCACAUCUCCAAUUCGCCACGGCCCUCAUCCAGGAACUAAAUGAUAAUGGCCACGAAUUGGCAGUCUUCUUCGUGCGCUACACACUCUCCACAUGCCAAACUUACCCGACCCAACUGCGUCAAGCUGUUGAGGCUCUCCGGUACCUCGUCACUGAGACAAACCGCUCUCCGGCAAAUGUAUAUCUAGGCGGCGAUUCCGCAGGCGCGAAUCUAGCCCUAAGCACCUUGCUUCACAUAUCACAUCCACACCCAGAGAUCGACCCACUGGCCCUUUCCGCGCCACUGGCGGGUGUAUUUGGCCUGGGAGCGUGGAUUGACUUUAGCUCCGAGGGGCCCUCCGUCACGGAAAAUGCAAACAAGGAUAUUCUCACCAAGGGGGCCUUGGAGCGCUGGGCUAAAGGGUAUCUCGCGGGGAAGGAGCCCGAUAGUUGGAGCGAGCCAGCUCGAGCUCCCGUUGACUGGUGGAAGGACGUGAAGACGGAGAGGAUUUUAAUUCUGGCCGGUAGUGAUGAGCUCUUGCUUUCGUCGAUUGAGGAGUUUGCAAAGAAGGUCAAGUCUAUCUUUCCCAACACCACUUAUGUGGUGGGCUACGGCGAGUCCCACGAUGCCCCUUUCUACACGAAUCCUGGUAUCGAUGAUUGUCUGAAGACAGAAACUGGGCGUAAUGUGCGGCAGUGGCUAGCUGCGAAGCUAUAA